AUGGGGAUGAGAAGCGCAACUCAGGGAGGGGCAGGGGCUCGGACCCCCCUCCCCAGGGCUCUGAAUGGAAGGGGCAUAGACCAAUCUAACUCCCCGAUAGAGUCCCUGCAGCGCCACCCUAGGACCCGUGGGGCAGGAGGGCAGGGUAACCUUUUGGACACCCGGCUACUCAAGCGUCCAGGCACCAUCUUGCCGUGCACUUCCGGGCGAGCCGACUGGCCCUCCGUGCCUCCAUUGCCCCUUGUGUAACACGCGGGAACUGGCCUUGCCCGCAGGCCUCCUAGGGUUGCCGAGAGGGUCUGGAGAGAUGCCGAGGAAAGACGGGAUAGGAGCAAAGCGGUCUAGGGCAGCGGGAGGCGAGCCAGACGAGCCUCUUCUCGCUAGGCGAGGCUCUUUGAGGAGCCGAGAGUUGCUGGGACCGAGCCCGCGGGGAGAGAGCAAACAGAGCAGCGCUCCCCUCCCCUCGGCCCCGGUCCUUUGUCCGGAAUCCAGCUGUGCCCCGCGGGGGAGGAGCGGGCUCGCGUGGCGCGGGCCCCGGGCCCCUGCGCUGAUUGGCCGGUGGCGCGGGCAGCAGUCGGGCCGGCACGCUCCUGGCCCAGGCCGAACGGAUAAAGCGUGCCAAGGGGCACACGCCUCGCAGCUCAGACAAGCCCCGCGGUCUCUGCCGGCUGAAAGACAGCGAAAGAGACCCGGGACCCCCUUCACUCUCCUCUUCUCCUCGGAGGCUGGGGCAAUUCCCAGGCAGGGGCGCUUGCAGCUCAGCUGAACUUGGCCGGAGAAAGGAGCGCUCAGCUCCCCGCUGCUCACGGCUCUCUAUUUGCGCCUGCACAACAAGGAUGGUGCCUCAUCCUUUGGGUGCGCCCACUCUCCGAGCGACCCAUGAGACCGAGCCACCCUUCCCCGGAGCUUCGGACCGCGAAGUGCCCAGCGCCUUGUCCGCCCCGCCUAGCCCCACACUUAUGCUCCGGGACUGCGCGGAAGCUGAAGGAGGCGGCUGCCGAGGGGCAGCGAGGAAACUCCGGGCGCGGCGCGGGGGGCGCAGCCGGCCCAAGAGCGAGCUGGCGCUGAGCAAGCAGCGACGGAGUCGGCGCAAGAAAGCCAACGACCGCGAGCGCAAUCGCAUGCACAACCUCAACUCCGCGCUGGACGCGCUGCGCGGAGUCCUGCCCACAUUCCCCGACGACGCGAAGCUCACCAAGAUCGAGACGCUGCGCUUCGCCCACAACUACAUCUGGGCGCUGACGCAGGCGCUGCGCAUAGCCGACCACAGCUUCUACGGGCCAGAGCAGCCAGUGCUGCCCUCUGCGGAGCUGGGCAGCCCUGACGGCGGCUCCCCCGGGGACUGGGGCUCUCUCUAUUCUCCAGUCUCCCAGGCUGGCAGUCUGAGCCCCGCCGCCUCGCCGGAGGAGCGCACUGGGCUUCCGGUGCCCAGCUCCCCCGCCUGCCUGCGCCCAGGCGCCUUGGCUUUCUCAGACUUUCUGUGAAGUGGCCACUCGGUUGCUGGGCAGAGGGUACUGGGAGAGGAGGCAGGCGGAGCGACUGCGGGUGGGCAGUGGCGGCCCUCAAACAGACUUGCGCCUCCUGCUCCUGACCGGCCAAGGCGCCCGCGGGGCGGCAGGCUGGGUUCCAUCAGGCUGGCAGCAGGCCCUCCGCGCCUCGAAAACCCCUGCCGCCGCACACAAGGCCGGCAUUGCGGGCUCGAGCAUGGCUCAGGUCCUUCUCCCAGCACCCACUCCCGCACCUCGCUCAGAGAAGAGGAGGAUGGUAGCACCACGCCCCCGCAGCCCCCCCCCCCCCCCGCGGCCCGAUCACCCUACUCUCACUCAUGCCCACCCCUCUCACAGUGUAACUGAACCCCACAUGUGGUCUCUCGGUGCUUGCUCCCCCAACCCCCACCCUACUCCAAAGACACCGCUUA